AUGGAGGAAAGGUGUAUGGCUAUGGAGAAGUAUGGCGCCGUGUAUUAUGCAAACCCUGAGGAUUGCGAGCCUGUGAAGGCGCUGUUGGCGGGUUUCGGGGAUCACGAGAGAGAACCAAGAGAGAAUUACUACUAUGAAGUUGCGGAUAUGUUUCGCGAUGUAUAG